AUGAAGACCCAUCUCUACCUUCUUUUGCUGGCUGCAGGCAUCUCUGCUGCUCCCCAGAUGAGCAGCAUGGCUGAGUUACUGACAUUAUUACAGCAAAUGUAUGAGUCAAUGGCAAAGGACAUUCAGAAUCUGAGGAUCGAAACUCCAGACGAUAUAGAUGAUGUGAAUUGUGUGAGCACAAUCUUUGAAGGAACAGAGCAGCUGAAAGCUAAUCCAGCCAUGAAAAAAUUCAGUGUUUUUUUCCAAAAAUUUGAAGGACUGAAGCCAUCACGCACACCACACCUGCCAAAAGAGGGGAAAUGUGAUACAGAAAGAAAGAAUGCAACAACAUUCAUAGAAAAGCUGAUGACGUUCAUCCGAAAAGCAUCAAGGAAUGCAAGAGCAUAG